CAAAAUAAAGAUGUUGACGAGCUUAGUCACAAGAAAUUUCUCCAAAAAGAUCAAGAAGAUCGGUGUGGUCGGAGCAGGCCAAAUGGGAACAGGAAUCGCAAUUGUUGGCGCCAAAGUCGCUGGAUUAGAAGUCAAAUGUGUCGACCUGAACGAGUCUGCAUUAGAAAACAGCAAUAAGUUUGUGAAGAACUGGCUUGAAAAAGAAGAAGGAAAGGGAAGACUCACAGCCGAUGAGAAAUAUGAUGUGCUUAACAAGAUGAGCUUUUCAACCAGACUUGAAGAACUAGACCAAACUGACUUUGUUGUAGAAGCUAUCAUCGAGAACUUUGAUAUUAAGAAAUCCAUUUUUGAGAAGUUGGACAAAAUCGUUCCUGAAGAUGCCAUCCUUGCCUCUAAUACUAGCUCCUUAUCCAUCACUAAGCUAGCUAGCACUGUACCUGAAAGAGCCGACAAAUUCAUUGGAAUGCAUUUCAUGAAUCCUGUGCCUGUCAUGAAGCUUGUAGAAGUCAUCAAGGGGCUUCAGACCUCCCCAGAGACUCUCCAGACAGUCUUGGAUAUGGCCAAGAGCAUGAACAAGAUUACCUCGACUGCGAGAGAUAUUCCAGGAUUCAUUGCUAACAGAAUCCUUAUUCCUUACAUCAAUGAGGCUGUGUUUGCCCUAUAUGAAGGAAUUGGAACUGUCGAAGACAUCGACAUAACAAUGAAGUAUGGUACCAACGUUCCAAUGGGUCCAUUGACUCUUGCAGACUUCAUCGGGCUGGAUACAGUUCUCUACAUUCAGCAGAUCCUCCACACCGAGCUUGGUGACAGUAAGUACAGACCAUGCCCUCUACUCGUUAAUUAUGUCCAGGCUGGAUAUCUAGGAAGGAAAUCUGGAAAAGGCUUUUAUGAUUAUACCAAAAAGUAAAUUUAUUUCUGACGUGUUCAAUAAGA